AUGAGAGCCUUACUCCUUACAAGACGGCGGAUAUUCAACGAAGUACGAUCGAUCAAGAAAGAAAAAGGAUUCACGUUCGUCUGGAUACGGAACGGCAAGAUCCUGGUCCGACCAUCAGAAGGUGACAAGGUGUCAGCAGUGAGCAACUGGAACGACGUGGAGAAGCUGAGAAGCUGCCGGCAGCAACAGGCUCGCCUCAACUCCAGAUUGAUGAAAUGUCAGGUUCCAUGUUUGAGACUGACAGCACGACAAGCUCCCAGCUCAGACAACGGCACUAAUGGCUUUGAGGAGCUGUGCUCGGUGAUUGACGACUUCCAGUUUGACCUGUUGGGAAUCACAGAGUCAUGGUUAUCUUCGGAGACCCCCUCUCAUGUUUUUUAUGUCCCUUGCUAUUCACUCCAUCGUUGUGAUAGACCCACUGGUUUGGGAGAUGGCGGUGGAGGUAUAGUUCUCUAUGUAAAAGAAGAAAUUAAGUUUGUUCGUCUUUAUCUUCAAAAUGUUGACAACCGUAUUGAAUACAUCAGCGGUGUGGUUAAUCUUAAAGGUUUGAAGCUACUUAUCUGCAUUGCAUACAGGCCCCCAGACGUUCCUUAUUCGACCUUGAGCUCCUUAAUCCACGCUCUAUACAUCGACGAGUCACCAGGUGUUGAUUCAGUGAUUUUGCUGGGUGAUUUGAAUGUGAAUCUUCUGAACCAAAGGAGGGCAGAUGUAAAAUAUCUCGAAAGAAUUUUUCAAUCAAUGGGCCUUUCUCAGAUUAUUAAGGAGCCCACACGUGUCACAGAAAGUUCAUUUUCUCUUAUUGAUUUGAUAAUUGUAGACAAGACCCAUUACCUUGACGUAGGAAUGGUUGAUACCUCCAACAUUUUUACUCACAAUGGUAGACGGAUCACCGACCACAGGUUGACUUACUGUGACGUGCCUUACAAAAAAUCCAAAUCCAAAGAAAAGUUUAUUACAUAUAGGAAUUUUAGAGAUUUUGACGGUGAUACGUUUAUUGAUGUUGCUUCCAAUAUACACUGGGAUAACAUAAUGACUCAUCGAAACGUGGAUGAUAUCACUAAUGUGUUAACAUCAAAAAUAGUCCAAGUGUUUGAUGAAUGUGCACCCUUGGUGAGAAAAAGAAUAACAAAAAAGAAAGCUCCUUGGAGAGACUCAAACAUAGCAUACCUUACAAAAAAGAAGAAUAAUUGUAAACAUAAUUAUUUGUCUCUGAAAACACAGAUUUCUAGGAAUGCAUACUGCAGGGCUCGUAAUGCACUCAAUGUGGCCAUACGAUCAGCGAAAAGGAAGUAUUUUACUGAUACUUUGAAUACAAAAAACUCUAAAACUUUCUGGGCUACUUUAAGAGAUGGUGGUUUGAUGAGGUCAGUUGAAGAAAAGGACCAUUCUGUUGAACUAGAAGAUUUAAAUCAUUACUUCUCAACUAUGGGUUGUAACGGGGCAGUGAGCACAGAAAAACUGAAAUUCUUUAACAGUAACAAAUGUGCAGGGAUAGAUUCUACUUUCACUUUUUCUCCUGUAUCCGAAAGUAAGGUAAAGGAGUUGAUGAACAGUAUCACAAGUACUGCAUUUGGUGUGGAUGGAAUAUCCAUAAAAAUGGUUAGAGGCCUGAGUCCCUUUUGCAUUGGAGCAGUUUCUCACCUGGUCAAUGUAUCAUUGAAAACUGGCAACUUCCCUUCUAGUUGGAAGCAGAGCGUGGUGGUUCCUCUGCCAAAGAAUCUCAAUCCUACCUUAGUUUCAGACUUUCGACCUAUCUCAAUCCUUCCUGUCAUCUCCAAAAUACUGGAAAAAGUUGUGGCAGAACAACUAGUCUUAUAUUUAGAAUCUGAAGGAUUACUUCCUGAAACACAGUCAGGAUUUAGGCAGGGUUUUAGCACUUGCUCAGCACUUCUCAAUGUCAUUGAUGAAAUUAUUUCAGCUAAAGAUAAGGGCCUAGAGAGUGUGAUUACUUCCCUUGACUUCUCCCAAGCCUUUGACUCGACCGGAUAUCUUCGAGUAGUCAGUCAGUGA